AUGAACACAACAUACACGGAAUAUACAUGCGCAACUUCGCCACUAAGCAGCGUCCGCCUGUUUGGUGUCAUCUAUUUCGCCCUACUCAUCAUUUUUGGCACAAUCGGAAACAUUCUGAGCCUCCUAGUAAUCCAAGGCGUCGGACAGUCAACCAAAAGAGAAAGUCGAAGGCUCCUGGUUGAGUCUUCUAAACGCAUCCUUGAAAACAUCCCGGAGGCAUCUAACGGCCAGGAACGCCAUUCAGCCUCGUCUUCCCUGUCUACCGAUGACACCCCAGCUACCACACCUGUUGACAAACCCAACCAUAGGCUUAAAUUGCGAACAUCGCAGCUCUCGGUCCUGGACGAACAGGUUAAGCCAGCGCGAACAUAUGAACCCAUCCGAACAGCGGCUGUUAAGCGACAACCCAAUCGGAGCCACCCCUCAAGGCUUAUUUUUACAGCACUAGCCGUUGCUGACACCAUAGUUCUCUGGAUAAACCCUCCACGCUAUUGGAUUGACUUCGUAUUUGGAUUUGACAUUAGACAACACGCGGGCGUCGUCAUGUGCAGACUACACACAUUUCUCACCUACGCUACUAGAGACGCCGCUGUGUGGGUACUCUGUCUCCUCACCUUUGAACGAUACCUCAUUGCGGUUAUUCCACACCGCGCCAAAGUAAUUUGGCGGGGCAAACGAAAGAUGUUCGCCUGGCUAAUUAUAUUUUCUUUGAUACUGGCAAAAAAUUCCAUCCUCCUGUUUAUCCUCAGUUUGUUUCAAAUUACAGCUCAGGAAGCUGAGAAGUACGAAUAUGAAAGUGAUCUCAACUACCCCAAUUACUUUCCUCCUAACAGUACUAUGCAGGAGGCGAAAUCACGAACACGAGUCGCGGAUGAGCAUAUCGGUAAUCUGAACAGGGUAAUUUGUGACAGCAAGGAACUCAUUCCACGCAAGGUAUUUUUCUACAUUGACAUUGCCGUGUACAGCAUAAUCCCUACGAUUCUCCUCCUCUUCCUCAAUGUUGGCCUCUUUCGAGUCAUCCACAAAACGGGAAAGCUACGACGCCGGUACACCAGUGAGUACAAAACUAGCAUUGCUAGUGUUGAUGAGAAGAGGCCAGUUACACCUUCCAAAUCAUCCACUCAGUGGUUGCUGCGUGCUCAUAAUGCCAGUAGCAAUGCCAAGAAACACGAUAUUGCCAUGCAUCCUCACGUUGUGCGGAGCAGUUCAGUCACUGUUAAACGCUCGGUAAUCCAGGCCAAUCGGCUACUCAUUCCAGUGAGCUUGUUCCACCUCGUGACCUCAAUACCCAUCUGCAUUUUCUCCAUCGUUGAGGAUUCUCUGCAGCUGAAGAGGUCACCGUCGCCGCAAGUGCGCUGCAUCGUGAAUGCCUGUGGAUAUCUUUUUGUCAUGCUGGGCACGAUGACCUACGGUAUAAACUGUUUCAUCUACUUCCUCAGCUCUAAACAAUUUCGUGGUCGGCUCUAUGCCCUGACGAGCAAAAUAUGUGCAACCGAAAGCGGUCCCACCAGCGGCACCUGGGAGCUUGAUUACAUGGAUAGUUUGCGUCGUAAAGAAGCAGCUAAGCAGCGCACGGAGUCAUUAGUAAGCAAAACCUGA